AAGGGUGGCCGCACGCUACCUCCUCCCCCUCAGAGAAAGAGAGAGAGAGAGAGAGAGAGAGAGAGAGAGAGAGAGAGAGAGAGAGAGAGAGAGAGAGUUGCCGAGCAAGUGUCACGGGGAUCCUCAGGUGUUUGCUCCAGUCAUGGCCGGGAACUCUGAGAAAGUACCGAUUGCCUCGGCGGGACCGGAGGACCUGCAGCAGUUUAUGCCUCCGGCGUACUCCACCGUGGCCGUGAAACCCGCAGCGAGCGGGCGCGUACUAAAGGCCGGUAUCGCGGUGCUCGUCGCCGGAGCCCUGCUGCUACUCCUGGGGGCCGUCGGAGCCUUCUACUUCUGGAACAACACUGAAAAACACGUGUACAAUGUCCACUACAGCAUGAGCAUCAAUGGCAAAGUGGAGGAAGGCACGAUGGAGAUCGACACGGAGAACAACAUGGAAAAGUUCAGCACGGGCAGCGGGACGGACGAGGCCGUGGAGGUCCACGAUUUUGAGAUUGGUAUCACGGGGAUCCGUUUUUCAGGGGGCGAGAAGUGCUUCAUCAAGACCCAGGUGAAGGCCCGCCUGCCUGAUGUGGAAGGCCUCGAUAGGGACUCGAUGACCUUUGACCUGGAGGACGAGGUGAUGCCGGCCAAGUUUGAGGAUGAACUCGUCUGGGUGGCGGCCGGGGCGCCGCUCGCGGACUCGGCUUUCCUCAGUGAUAAGAUUAAGGAUUUGUGUGGAGAUCUACCCAUCUUCUGGCUCCGUCCCACCUACUCGCCCAGAGGACAAAGGAAGACGAGGGCCGCCCCCCGCCACCGCCGUCAGGCACCCACGGAUGAGGAGGAAGAAGACGUGGAGGCAGAGUUCAACCCGGAGAACCCCUAUCAGAGAAACUUGGAGGGGGAGGAUACCAUGAACAUCGACCCCAGGUUGGACCACGAGGGCGUUUGCUGCCGAGAGUGCCGUCGCAGUUACACGCACUGCCAAAGGAUCUGCGAGCCGCUGGGGGGCUACCACCCGUGGCCGUACCAUUACAGAGGCUGCCGAGUGGCUUGUCGGGUCAUCAUGCCUUGCAACUGGUGGGUGGCGCGUAUUCUGGGCAUUGUGUAAACGCCCCCACGGCCGGCGCGGGAGGCCGUCGUUUUUGGAAAGAGGAGGGAAACAACCGACAAAAUCAAAUUAAGAGGCGUGUCUUUCCGGAUUUUCAUAUACCGUAGGUAGCAUUUGCUCUGAGCACGUAUAUGGGCCUAAGUGGACAGACUUGGGGUGCAAAUAUUCCCUUUGCGAGGUGAAACAUUUUGAAAGUCCGCAUCUAUUGUCUCACAGAUCGAGUCCAACUAAUAUCGUACUCUUGUCACUUCUUUAGCUGUAGUAUAAGCCGAUAUUUAAAAUUGUCAUCUGGCCCUUCCUUCCCUUUCUGUUGAAUGUAAAUAAAUGUAAAUGGUGCAACACUCCA